ACCGCCGCGUAAAGCUGACGUCAUCACCUGGGGUCUGUGAUGGAGGAGGGCUGAAGCGGAUUUGGGGAUUAGACGCAGAGGAUCUGCUGCCCCUCUGUGACUCCUCCGCUUCACCGGGGCUGGGACCAGGCAGACUCUGGGACUACACGGACUCCGACUUUUCCGUCAAGGAGGCGACGCGAAAAGUAGCAAACAAACGGAGGCGGAAGGCGCGGCAGCACGGUCUCCUUGACAACGGAGUCUUCCUGUCACGCAUCCUUGUGUAGUACAUAAAGUUUCACCACACCUCCAGCCCUUCCUGCCAUCAUGUCCUCCACGGAGUCAAGUGGUGAUGGAGGGAAGUGGUUGGACGCUCACUAUGACCCAGUGGCCGGCAUCUACACCUUCUCAUCCUGCGUGGACCUGGCAGACCUGAGUGGGGAUGGAGAGAACCGGCUGGUGGUCGGGGACCUGGGCUCCGGUUCUACAGGGAUGAAACUGAAGGUGUACCGGGGCACAGCGCUGAUGAGUGAGAGCACCCUGCUGGACCUGCCCGCAGGCCUCGUCGCCUUCUUCAUGGACCUGCACGAGCCCCGCAUCCCCGCUGUCGCUGUGGCCUCUGGACCCUGCAUCUAUGUCUACAAGAACCUGCGGCCGUAUUUCAAGUUCACCCUGCCUGGUCUGGAGAUCAACACCCUGGAGCAGGAUGUGUGGCAGCAGGUGAAGGAGGGGCAGAUUGACCCUCUGACCUUGAAGGAGAUGUUGGAGAGCAUUAGGAAGAAGGCCGACGUCCCGCUGUCAGUCCGCUCACUCAGGUUCCUGUCUCUGGAGCCCCAGGACAUGGACGAAUUUGUCGAGCUGCACAAACACCUGCCACUCAAGCGCCAGACAGUCAUCACCUGUAUCGGGACUCUGAAGAAGAACAUGGCAGAUGAGGACGGUGUCAGCUGUCUGGUGAUCGGGACAGAGAGCAGUGAGGUCUUCAUCCUCGACCCCGAAGCUUUCAUCAUCCUCUCAAAGAUGUUGCUACCAGCCGUUCCCACCAUCAUGGACGUGACAGGUCAGUUUGACGUGGAGUUUCGCAUCACGGUGGUGUGUCGCGAUGGCAACAUCUACAUCCUGCGCAGGGAGAUGGACAAACCCAAGUACUGCAUUGAGCUGUCGUCUCACGCGGUCGGCCUCGUGAGAGUUGGGAAGAACGUGGUGGUCGGCUGCACUGACGAGAGCCUGCAGGGCUUCACGCAGAAGGGGAAGAAACUUUGGAAGACCGUCCUCGCCGCUCCCAUCACCACCAUGGCCUCCAUGGACCUCCCCACCAGGGGCUUCCAGGCAGUUCUGGUGGGUCUGGCCAACUGUGAGGUGCAACUGUACCGGGACAAGAACCUGCUGAGCACCAUCAAGACACCCGAUGUGGUCACCAGCAUCUGCUUCGGCCGCUACGGCCGUGAGGACGGAACCCUCAUCAUGACCACCAAGGGAGGAGGCCUGAUGGUGAAGAUUUUAAAGAGGACAGCAGCGUUUGACGACAGGGACGGCACCCCUGGCCCACCUCUGGCACAAAGCGUGCGCCUCAAUGUGCCCAAGAAGACCAAGCUGUACGUGGACCAGACACUGAGAGAGCGCGAGAACGGCCUCACCAUGCACCGCGCCUUCCAGAUGGACCUGAGCCGCCUGCGACUGGCCGCUGCCAAGGCCUAUGUCAAGGCGUUGGAGUCCAGCCUGACCCCGAUGUCCUCCAGCCUCACCGAGCCGCUGAAGAUGAACGCCGUGGUCCAGGGUCUGGGCCCAUCCUUCAAGCUGACCUUGAACGUCCAGAACACAGCAGCAUGCCGGCCUGUCAUGAACCUGGCCAUCAGCUUCCUGUAUGACGAGAGCCUGUAUCGGAUGAGGAACCCCUACAUGAGGAUCCCGCUCCUGGUGCCCGGCCUCAUCUACCCCGUCGAGACAUUCGUUGAGUGCACCAGCGACAAGGGCAUCUCUGACAUCAUCAAGGUGUUCGUCUUGCACGAGGGGAGGAGCUCGCCGCUGCUCACGGCCCACAUCAACAUGCCCGUGAGUGAGGGGCUGACACUCAACUGAUCGCACAACGUUAAAACUUUGUUACAGAAGAAGAAACACCAAAAUUUCACAGGCACAGUAACAUGUUUGUAUGGAAGCAAGGAGAGACCAACAAGAGUCAUUAUAGAAAAAAAAAGAGGUUUUUAUUAUUAAUGGCUUCAGAGGUUUGAAGUCAACAAUAUGUUUAAAAAACAUUUUUAUAAAGAAGUUAAAUCCCAGUUAAUUAUUACUUUCAUUAUUGAUUAAAUACUUUUACUCUCAGUCAACUGUCCAAUUUACAGCCACUAAUUCUUAAUUUUUUAAGCCUAAAGAACCAGAUUUUGACCUUUCUCUGCCUCCGUAUGACGAGGAUGUUUUGGGGAUAUUUCUUAAAGUUCAUUUAAAAAUGUCAUUGUUAACUAAGUUGUUGAAUGUUUCAUUUUCUCCCAGAAACUAAACUGUGCGGCGCGUGUGUGUGUGCAUUAUGAAGUUUAUAAAUUGUCUGUCGAUGUCAUAGUUUUUCUGUUUAAAGUCUGUAGAGAUAAAAGUUUCACACAGCAGUGAUUCACAGACUGCAGAUUCGUCGAGCUCAGGGAGGAAAAUCAGUGCACUUUGUAAAAGUUUGUAUAGAAACACUAAAACAGGACAAAUGUGUUUUGAAAUCUAGUGUGAAUAAAAAAUAAACUGUAUUCUGAAUUCA